UGUCUGACGUCAUCAAACAUGGCGGCCUACUUGAGCCGCCUGCACCACAUUUCAUUGCACGUCUCUAACGUGGAUAAACUCGCUCAGGAUCUCGUGUCUAAGUUCCAGUUCAGGGUGUUCGCCGCCAGACUGACGGCCGGAGCUCGGCAGCUUGCUUUCCGUAAAGGAGCCGCGGUGUUCGUGGUGAAUGAGAGACCGAACUCCGGCGGAGAUGGGCUGCUGGAACACCGGAAACGGCGGGUCGCUCAUUCAGACGUGGACGAUGUCGGUCCAGGACGCUCCGGUAACGUCCUGUACGACGUGCGUCCGCACUACUCCGUGGACACCGCGUGCAACGUGUGCUUCGAAGUCGAGGACGUAGAGAGGUCGUCGGAGUCGCUGCGCGCACGCGGCUGCGACCUGCUCGUUCCGCCCACGCGCGUCGGUGACGACGGCGGUCUCGUGACUUACUCGGUCGUGAAGUCUGUUGUGGGCAACGUCUGCCACACACUUCUGGACACGAGUCGGUACCGAGGGCCCUUUUUGCCCGGAUUUUGUGAGGUCGUCACCGGGGCGGCGGAGGAGGACACGCGGUGUCCCGUGACGCAUUUUGAUCAUGUCACCUACGCGUGCCCGAGACGGAGCACGGCCGAGGUGAUGCGCUGGUACGAGAGGAACUUCGGCUUCCAGAGGUUCUUCAUCUCCAGUAACGAGGACACAGAGGAAGGCUAUGUGUUGGAUCAGGAUGGAAUCGGUCUGCGUUUGACUGCCAUGGAGUACUGGAAAUGCAGCGAGGCGGGAAUCAAGUUCCCUUUUAAAGACAGAAAGGAGCCGGACUGCAAGUUCGUCAUCGCAGAAUCUCUGCCUGAGCAAGGCCAGAAUCAGGUGGACACGUUCCUGGAGCAGCACAAAGGUCCAGGUAUCCAGCACAUCGGCCUGUUCACGCCGGACAUCGUGUCAACGGCACACACCAUGGCCAACGCCUCCGUUCAGUUCUUCUCUCCUCCUGCAGCCUACUACACCAAGGUGGGGAAGCAGCAGGAGAUCGAGGAGGCGGGGCAUGAUCCCAAAGCCCUCAUGCAGCACGGCAUCCUGUUAGACACAGACCUGCGGAGGAACCACGAGGAUCCGAGCUCAGGCAGUAAGAGCAGGUACCUGCUGCAGGUGUUCACCAAGCCCAUCUUCUCUGAGGACACGCUCUUCCUGGAGCUGAUCGAGCGGCACGGAGCCACCGGGUUCGGAGAGGGGAACAUCCGAGCUCUGUGGAGAUCCGUUCAGUCUUACAUGGAGAAGAAGGAGGACAAUCUAGAGCGUUCUGAAUUACAGGAACUGAAAAGCAAGCAAACUGGACAGCACUGAUAUGUCUGACCACGUGGUGAACAUGUGGUUGGAUUAAUGAAAUCUGUUAAAUUAUUAUCUGUAUGUACAACACUGGCACUUAACACUCCUGUGAAAAAUAUAUAUCCCAUGUUAAGGUUCUGUUAAAACACUGUGUAAGGCUGAGCUUUAUUUCAUAAAUAAAAAGGUACUCCAA